AUGCCGUGCCCCGGCCAACAGCAGCCCCCGGAGGAGGACAAUGAGGAGGAGGAGGAGGAGGGUCCCCCCUUGGUCCCUUUGGGGGUCCCUUUGGGGGUCCCUUUGGGGGUCCCCCCGGGCGCCCCCGCCGAGGUGGACGUGCUGGCCGCCCAGCUGGGGCCGGUGCUGCGGCUGUGCGCCCGACGGUCCCGGCAUCAUCUUCCUCCUGCUCCUGCUGCUCGUGGUCCUGCUGCUGCCGCUGGUCCCCCGUUGGCCCCCGGCGUCCGCCCUCGGGCCCGUCCGGGCCCCUACCGGCGGUCCGGCCCCGUGGCGGGGCCCCCGCCGCUGCCCGUCCGGCCCUGGAGCCGUUCUCCCCGGCGGGAGGCCGAGCCCCAGCGGCUGCUGCACCAGCUCCUCCUCUCCGGGACCCUCAUCAAGGAGGCCGUGCGACGCCUGCAGCGGGCCCUCAACGCCACCGCCGCCGCCUCCACCCCCUUAGUGGGCAGCAGCGGGCCCCCCGGCGGGGCCCACCUCUUCCCCCUGCCCCCCCACGCCCCCUCCAAAUGCCCCCUGGAAAACCCCUUUCGGGUCGCCAAAGGGGGUAGGGGACCCCCCACCGUGGGGGGAGGACCAUAAUAAUAAUAACGAUGGCAUUUAUUAAGCACUCACCAUAUGCGAAGC